UCGAAAAGACUUCUCCGCUGCCACCACUGCGAUCCCUCUCAUCAGCCUCACUCGCCUGCCGGUCCAUUUCGUUCUUUUUUUCUUCCAUCAUGGUGGAAAAAUGGGUCGGAAAUAUGUCGUUAAUGAUAGAUUGCAGAGGCGAACGGAUGAAAAAGUCCCAGCAUUUAGGGCAGGGGAAUGAUCAUAUUCACUAUCUUGCCCUCAUAUUAGGUAGGAUCUUUUCUUUAGUUUUUCCCAAACGCGGACUCCAACGCCUUUCCCAUCAUCAUCUCAAAACCCUCCCUCUCUCUCUCUCUCUCUCUCUAGCCCUAGAAAUGAAGAUGGAUUACUCCACCAAGAGCUCUCUCUCUUACCUUACUCUCCUGUCUCUUCUCUUCGCCAGCUUUCUCUACCUAUGGAUCACCACUUCGUCUUCUACCUCCAACCCUCUGUUGCCUCCUCGCUCCCAAUACAGCUGCUUACAGCAAAACCCUGGGACCGCCCCCCCCGCCGCCGUUGCUGCCCCGAGGGACGAGCUCGAGGUCGCGCUGAGCAAGGCGUCGAUGCCCAACAGGACGGUGAUCAUCACGAUCGUCAACCGGGCCUACGCGGACCCCGGCGCGGAGGUGGGCACCGGCGAGACGCUGCUCGACCUGUUCGUCCGGAGCCUGUGGCUCGGGGAGGGGACGAGGGGGCUGCUGGACCACGUGGUGGUGGUGGCGAUGGACCGGGCGGCGUACCGGGCGUGCCGGUUCCGGCGGCUGAACUGCUACCGGCUGGAGACGGAAGGGGUGGAUUUCCGGGGAGAGAAGGUGUACAUGUCGGAGGACUUCAUCAGGAUGAUGUGGAGGCGGACGGCCUUCCUCGGCGACGUUCUCAGGCGCGGCUACGAUUUCAUCUUCACGGACACUGACGUGAUGUGGCUGAGGAAUCCAUUCACAAAGCUGAGCAAGAACGAAAGCGAGGACCUCCAGAUCAGCACUGAUGUCUUCAAUGGCGACCCGCGGUCGGAGGACAACUUCAUCAACACCGGAUUCUACUUUGUUCGGUCGAACAACAGGACGGUCGCGCUGUUUGACGAGUGGUACUCGAGGCGACAGAAUGCCACGGGCAAGAAAGAGCAGGACGUCCUACUGGACCUGAUCCAUGAGGGUGCAUUCAAGAGGCUCGAUCUCGGUGUCCGGUUCUUGGACACGCUUUUCUUUAGCGGAUUCUGCGAGGAUAGCAAGGAUUUUGGAGCAGUCGCGACGGUCCACGCGAACUGCUGCCGGAGCAUAACAGCCAAGGUCUUCGACCUGACUGUGGUGCUCCGAGAUUGGAAAAGGUUCAAGUGGUCGAGGAAGAAGACGGCGGCUGUCAAUGGAACGGCGGCCAGCUUGAGAUGGACGAACCAUAUGGGGUGUUGGCGAGCUUGGCGAGUGCAAGGCAAUGGAAAUAAAUAAUAAAUGUAGUUAGAUGGUUUUCACUUUUGUUGGCCAUUCUUACUGUUUUUAUUUUCUUUUGAUGCAAGCUAUUGUCAUUGAAUUAUUCCGCAUUGAUGGAAUUUAGAAUGUAAUAAAAAUGACAACUACAAGAAAAGUAAAUUAUUCCGCAUUGAUGGAAUUUAGUGA